GGCACGAAUGAUUAAUUGUCAUUGUGUGAGCGAGUGUGAGGACUGGUCGUUUGUUGUUGUUCCUGCCGGAAAACAAGAAAAAAUGUUGCUGAAAUUCCUGCAUGCAUUGUUCCUCGUAGGCUUCCUGAUUGCAUCGUGUCGAUGCGUGACCGAGGAGGACGAGGGUGUAAAGUACGCGAACGAAUGCGAAGUUUGCAAGAUAUUGGCAACGGAAUUGCAGGAGCGACUCGAGGAAACUGGUCGGACGCACGAAGUUUUAGAGACAGGAUACGCUGUCGACGAUAUCAAACCAAAGAAGAAAACCGAAUACCAGAAGAGCGAGUUGAGGUUGGUCGAGUCGUUGGAAGGUGUAUGCGAUCGGAUUCUGCAGUACAACAUCCACAAGGAGCGCGAGGACAGCACCAGAUUCGCGAAGGGCAUGAGUCAGACGUUCCAGACGCUGCACGGAUUAGUCGAUAAGGGCGUCAAAGUCGAACUCGGAAUCCCGUUCGAACUGUGGGACAAACCGAGCGUCGAAAUCACAAACAUGAAGACACAAUGUGAAACUCUUCUGGAGCAGAACGAAGGGGACAUCGAGGAUUGGUAUUUCAAGUAUCAGGGCAAGCAGAGUCUCAAACAAUACCUGUGCGCAGAUAGGGCACUGAAGGGAAAGGACACCAGAUGCCUGAAUGAGAAGCUCAAAGGUGAGACUGGGAAACGUAAACCAGAUGAGUUAUAAUAAGCCAAAUUUAUUCCUUCGUAAUUUGUACAACAACUAAACACUACUACUACUUAAUAAUAAAUAAUAUUUUUAAUUUUUU